AUUAACAUUCCUCACUUGUGGGUGUGAUGCUGCAAGGAUCUUCGGCGCGCCGAGCGGAGACGCGUAGCGUCCCUGUGCGUUUAGAGGAGGUAUCAGCUGCCGGCAGGAGGGGAGCGACGAGGAGGAGCGGAAGAAGAGACAGCAGAGCUACAUAGCAGACGACCAUUCCUUCACUGCCGGUGUCCUUUCGCUGCCAGUCACCCGCAGAAAAACGGUCCUUUGCUGCUGAUUAUUGUCGUUUUCUUUCCAAGGCUGAAGGUGUCCAGUAUGUGUCGGAUCUAACAUAUCUGGAGAGAACCAGGAAUAUCAGAAACCCUUGGUGGAUGUGGACACCUAAACCGUGGACAUGGAGAAGAUAGUGAAUUUAUCCGUUUCAGUUCUGCUGGUUUUAUGGGGAUGCGCGCUUGGAGGCUCGCCCAGUGUUCAGAUUGGGGGACUUUUUCCAAGGGGCGCGGAUCAAGAGUACAGCGCAUUUCGGAUAGGAAUGGUUCAGUUUGGCACCGCGGAAUUCAGACUGACGCCUCAUAUUGACAAUCUGGAAGUGGCGAACAGUUUUGCCGUCACAAACUGCUUCUGUUCACAGUUCUCAAGAGGAGUGUACGCCAUUUUCGGCUUCUACGACAAGAAGUCUGUGAACACCAUCACGUCAUUUUGUGGGACGCUCCAUGUCUCCUUUAUAACUCCCAGCUUCCCUCUGGACGGGAAUCAGCAGUUCAUCAUCCAGAUGAGACCUGACAUCAAGGGUCCCCUCCUUAGCCUUAUCGAGUACUACAAGUGGGACAAGUUUGCCUACCUGUACGACAGUGAUCGAGGCUUGACAACGUUGCAGGUUGUUCUGGACACAGCAGCAGAGAGGAAGUGGCAGGUGACAGCCAUAAACGUGGGGAACCUGAAAGACGAGAGGAAGGAUGAGGCCUAUCGGUCACUGUUCCAAGAUCUGGAGAACAAAAAAGAGAGACGGGUGAUCCUGGACUGUGAACAGGACAAAGUGAAAGACAUCAUGGAGCAGGUCAUCACAAUUGGCAGACAUGUUAAAGGCUACCACUACAUUAUAGCCAAUCUGGGUUUCAUUGAUGGGGAUCUCUCCAAAAUCCAGUAUGGUGGUGCCAACGUAUCAGGUUUUCAGAUUGUUGACUUUGACGAUCCUUUGGUGUCCAAGUUUGACCAGAGAUGGGAGGCCCUUGAAGAGAAGGAGUAUCCUGGUGCAGACAGUAAAAUAAGGUACACAUCAGCGUUGACCUAUGACGCCGUGCAAGUGAUGACAGAGGCCUUCCGCUACCUGCACAAACAGCGCAUCGACUUCACCAGGCGAGCCAACAAUGGUGACUGUCUGGCCAAUCCCGCCGUUCCCUGGGCUCAGGGAGUGGAGAUCGAGCGAGCACUGAAACAGGUGCGUGUAGAAGGCCUCACAGGAAACAUCCAGUUUGAUCAACAUGGAAAACGAGUCAACUACUCAGUGAAUAUAAUGGAGUUAAAGAGUAAUGGUCCCGUAAAGAUUGGAUACUGGAAUGAAGUUGACAAAAUGGCCGUCACCAAAUCUGAUGUCUUUGCAAAUGACACAACAGGAAUGGAAAACAAAACAGUCAUUGUCACCACCAUCUUGGAAGCUCCAUAUGUAAUGCUCAAAAAGAACGCUGACCUUUUUGUAGACAAUGAGCGUUAUGAAGGUUACUGUGUAGAUCUGGCUGCAGAGAUAGCGAAGCACUGCGGCUUCAAAUAUCAACUGAAAAUAGUAGGGGACGGAAAAUACGGAGCCAGAGAUGCUGAGACAAAAAUCUGGAACGGGAUGGUUGGAGAGUUAGUGUAUGGGAAAGCAGACAUUGCGGUGGCUCCUCUGACCAUCACUUUGGUACGAGAGGAGGUGAUUGACUUCUCCAAACCCUUCAUGUCUCUGGGAAUCUCUAUCAUGAUAAAAAAGCCUCAGAAAUCCAAACCAGGAGUCUUCUCUUUCCUGGACCCACUGGCCUAUGAGAUCUGGAUGUGUAUUGUUUUUGCUUACAUCGGUGUCAGUGUGGUGCUGUUUCUCGUCAGCCGCUUCAGUCCGUAUGAGUGGCACACUGAGGAGUAUGAGGAUGGACAGAUUCAGACCAAUGAGUCGACUAACGAGUUUGGCAUAUUCAACAGCCUGUGGUUCUCCCUGGGAGCCUUCAUGCGCCAAGGCUGUGACAUCUCACCUAGAUCUCUGUCUGGGCGUAUUGUCGGUGGUGUUUGGUGGUUCUUCACUUUAAUCAUCAUCUCCUCCUACACUGCAAACCUGGCUGCUUUCCUGACUGUUGAGAGGAUGGUCUCUCCCAUUGAAAGUGCAGAGGACCUGGCUAAACAGACUGAGAUAGCAUAUGGCACUCUGGACUCUGGCUCUACGAAAGAGUUUUUUAGGCGCUCAAAAAUUGCCCUCUUUGACAAAAUGUGGACAUACAUGCGCAGUGCAGAGCCCUCUGUGUUUGUGAAAACCACAGCUGAGGGAGUUCUGAGGGUGCGCAAAUCCAAGGGGAAGUAUGCCUACCUGCUGGAGUCCACCAUGAAUGAGUACAUUGAGCAGCGAAAACCUUGCGACACCAUGAAGGUGGGAGGCAACCUGGACUCCAAAGGCUACGGGAUCGCCACGCCGAAAGGAUCCUCAUUAAGAACGCCAGUAAACCUUGCAGUAUUGAAACUCAGUGAGCAAGGCGUCUUAGACAAGCUGAAAAACAAAUGGUGGUACGAUAAGGGUGAAUGUGGAGCCAAGGACUCUGGAAGUAAGGAGAAGACGAGUGCCCUCAGCCUGAGCAACGUGGCUGGGGUCUUCUACAUUCUGGUCGGAGGACUCGGUUUGGCCAUGCUGGUGGCCUUGAUUGAGUUCUGUUACAAGUCCCGAGCCGAGGCGAAACGAAUGAAGAUGACCUUUGGGGACGCCAUGAGGAAUAAAGCGAGACUUUCCGUCACUGGGAGUACUGGGGAGAAUGGUCGGGUGAUGACUCCAGAGUUUCCUAAAGCUGUCCACGCUGUCCCUUAUGUGAGACCUGACAUGGGACUGAACGUCAGCCUGACAGAUCUGUCCUGAUCAAUGAGAAAUUUCUGAGUGCCUUAAAAUGGUUUCAGUAGAACGAUUUGUUUUUUGUUUUGGUUUUUUUGGUUUUUUUGUUCUUCCCUCCUUCCUUUUGUUCCGGCACUUUUUCUGUCUCUCUGUCUGGUGAAAAGGAAAAGGUAGAAGAUAGAGGCUUCAUUUUGUCUCUCACAAGGACUUGUAUUGUUGCUCUCUGUCUCUAUUUCUCACCAUAUAAAUGGUCUCCCUCUGUGAGCGAAAUUACUUGGAAUAUAAAAGGGAGGCUCUUUUUUUCUAAACUGAUGACACCAUGCUUUCCUACCUAUCUAUCUGUCUGGACUGGACUAAGAAGGAAACCAGGGCUUGAUAGACGGCAGCGGCUGCCUCUGGGAGUCAGAGUUUCAGUCAUCUUAGCUGUGUUUGUGUGUGUGUGUGUGUGUGUGUGUCAGGGGAAGAUGUCAUCAAAAACACACUGUUUCUGUAGCCACCACCGCCAAACAGGAUUUUCAAGCACACUUGAUAUCAUCUGCAUUAAGAUGUGAAAUUGUCUUUUUUUUCUAAGAAAAUCUAAGAAAAAGUUUAUUGAAAAAAAAAUAUUUUUAUGUAUUUUCACAAAAUAGCUUUUAAAUAAUCUUGCUUACAUACUGGUUGGAUAUAAACAUCUUAAUGUGUGAUAAAGACAGAAAAAAUUACUAAACAGCUUCUAGUUUCCAUAUUUUUAAAGCCAAAUACAUAUGGGGUUGAGAUGUUGAAAUCAUGUAAUUAAUUCCUAUUCUAAACUUUCCUGUAUAUUUUAUUCUUUAACAUUUGGUGUUAAUAUGAAAUAUAUGUCAAUGCUUGACAUUUGGAAUCAAUGCUUCUAUGUUUUCUUGUCAGACUUGGUGCCGCAAUUUUGCUUUACACUUUUGUCUCUUUGUUUGCUUCAGUGCUUUUGUUGUUUGUAUUUUUUCUGACAAGGACCAGGGUUGUUCUACUUUCAAGAGGAAAUUAAUCUGUUUACAUGCUAUGAAUGCAAAACAAAAAAACUAAAAAAAACAGUAUGGUAUGGUGUUAUUGCAUCACAUUUUGAAGUGACAACAAAAAGAGGCAUCAACAUCCACAUGGUUUACGUGGUGGUUUAAAAUGCCAAAUAAGUGCGAGUGCCAAAUUCUAGUGCCAGUAGAUAUGGAUAUAGUCUUAAUAUAAUCAAUCACUGUCAUCUCAGUGAAUGUAAAUGAUACAUUCUGUAACUUUUGUAACUAGAUGUACAGUUGGUGACAAUGACAGUGCUAAUACAAUAGCCUUUUCGCUUUGUUUUCCAGUCUCCAUGUAUUUUGCAUUGAUCCGACAAUGAAGUAGCACCAGUUGCAUGUUUUGACGCAAAUACUACAUAAGUUUGUUUCAUUCUUGCCAAACAUGCGUUUUCAUUUUAAUGUUAAAGUUGUGAGGUUAACUGUUUAAAAUUGGAAAUACAAUGUUACACAUAUAUAGAAUAUACACAUAUAUACAUAUAUUUUAUAUAAAAAGUAAAAAUUUGAAAAAUUAUAGCCCCUGUUGAGUAUAGCGUCAAAGCUACUCUGCUUCCAUGAAAUACUAAAUUUGGUUUCUUAUUUGAAAAAUAAAGUUGUUUUUUUUUCAAUCAUUCAAUAUUAACAUAAGUUAGACUCUUUCUAAAACUUAUACAGAGGAGCACUUUUAAUUAUAAGACACAUUUUAUUUUACAUUGUUUUCUGAAAUUAAGCUAUGAAAAGUUCUCCACUGCAACACAAAGGGAGGUUAACUGUACUAUUAUUAUCACUGUUGUUUUUUGUAAUCAACAACAGACAUAUACCGUAGUUGCUUAUCAAUUUCAUGGCAUAUUCAGGCUAUUCUCACUGACAUUUUGUAUAUGGAAUGUGUGCUAACUUGUUUAUUUUUUGGGACUCUUUCUAAAUAAAAGUGGCUGAUCUCUUGU